GUCAUAAUGGCAUUUGAAAGAAUUUUUGGCAUACAAAAAAUCGGCGCGGAGAAACAGGCAAAAUCUCAAUCAACUGGAAUGACACUUACGAAAAAAAUUAUCACAACAAAGAACGCACCCAGACACAAUGCCCCAUUCAGGUAAUAUUGCGUCGGAACAAGCUUCAAGGCGUAGUCCUGGAUACGACCCUGUACGUGUCAGGAGUAAUCGGGAUGGACAAGGACACGAUGAAAUUAGUUGACGGGGACUUCUCCGCGGAGGUUAGGCAGACAUUACGAAACUUAGGAGCCAUACUUCAAGCAGCCAAUUCGUCUUACGAAAAAGUGGUUAAAGUGACAGUUUUCCUCAGCGACCUUAACGACUUCGUCGCUCUUAAUAACGUGUAUAAAGAAUUUUUCACAAAGGAUUUCCCAGCCAGGUCAGCAUUCCAGGUAUCAAAACUUCCAAUGAACGCCAGAGUGGAAAUUGAAGCUGUCGCAGCUACAGGGAACAUGAAGACCAUUUGUUGCCACUAGCUCCAAACUAUAUUAUAUUGUAUUUUAACUUUUUACGUUUCUAUAUACGAUUAAAGUAUUUCCAACGAACAUA